AUGCCACCGCAGAGACCACUGCCGAUCUCUGACGAGUUCAGCACAACAGACGAGUAUGUCGAGUCCCUGCUCCAUUUCGCCUCGACCAGCGAUGCCUUCCAGAUCCUAUGUGGAGGAGUCCACAUCCUGGACUUCUUCACCAACGAGCCCGGGCUCUUCCAGUGGGUUUUACCAGAGGACUGGCAGUCAUUUCUUAUGAGAUGCGACCCCAUGGACCUUUUGGACCUCCUCAUGCGGGACGACCUGGACGCCCCUCCCUCGGCCCGUCGAUGGCCAGACCCGCCAGAGACUCUCCGCCAAUAUAUCCGUGACGUGAGAAGGCUCUCGCUCUCUCGGGCCUUCACGCCCGUCAAGCCAAAGCUGCCCGUCUUACCGAGGCAGGUUUCGGUCGGGAUGAACGUGAAAAAGGUGCACGAGGUGACACACUUUGCGGACUAUGUGGAUCGCCUGUCCGCGGAUAUUGCGCAGCUCGCGGGUACCGAGAUGACGCACUUUAUCGACUUUGGGAGCGGGCAGAACUAUCUUGGGCGGACGCUGGCCUCCGCGCCGUACAGCAAGAAUAUCGUCGCGGUGGAGGGCCGGGAAAACAACCAGGAAGGGGCCCGGGUGCUCGAUGUGUUUGCCGGCCUCGCGGAGCCCGAGAAGGUCAUGCGGAACAAGAAGGUAUGGCAGAGCCUGGUCGACAGCCAGACGCCCGUCGAGAAGAUGGACGAGAAGGCAAGGCGGAGGAACGCCGAGAGGCCGACCGAGGAGCAGAUCCAGGCUGUGGACAUCAGGCCGCGGAGCGAGCUGAAGACCAUCUACCGUCCUGAGGAGGGCAAGGGGAUCAUCAAGUACAUCACGGGCCGGCUGGAGACGGGCGACCUGUCCGAGAUCCUACGCAAGAUCCACGACGCAGACAUACCAGAGGACGAGCGGGAAGAGCUGUCGCUGAUGGCCAUCUCGAUUCACUCCUGUGGCAACCUCUCGCACUUUGGGAUCCGGUCUAUGAUCCUGAACCCCAGCAUCAAGGCCGUGGCCAUUGUUGGCUGCUGCUAUAACCUGCUCACAGAGAAGCUGGGCCCGCCGACAUACAAGCUGCCGUACAUGAGACCCAGCCUCCAGGCCAUCAACGGGCGAGUGAAACGGGAGUCAGAAAAGCACGACCCGCAGGGCUUUCCCAUGAGCCAGCGGGUCACGAGCUACGACGGACAGGGCAUUCGGUUCAACAUCACGGCGCGGAUGAUGGCGUGCCAAGCACCCCAGAACUGGACCGACAAGGAGUCGGACUCUUUCUUCACGCGCCACUUCUACCGCGCCGUGCUGCAGAAGCUGUUCCUUGACAAGGGCGUCAUUUCCAAGGAGGACAACGGCACCAAGACCGACAGGAACAGCCCUUUCAACAUGUCUACCAAUCCAGUCAUCAUCGGUUCUCUUGGCAAGACCUGCUACAAAUCCUUCCAUGCCUAUGUCCGGGGCGCAAUCAAGAAGCUGACUACACACGGUGAUUACACUCAAUACAGCCAAGUCAUACAGGACAAAAUGGGUACUCUCACGGACGAGGAGAUUGGCGGGUACGUCAGGGCGUACGAGGGCAGGAAGAGGGAGCUCAGCGCCGUGUGGAGCCUUAUGGCGUUCAGCGCGUGCGUGGUCGAGUCUCUGAUCGUCACGGACCGCUGGCUUUUCCUGAGGGAGCACGCAGAUGUUGUCCAGGACUGCUGGGUAGAGUCAGUCUUUGACUACAAGGAGAGCCCGAGGAACUUGGUUGUGGUCGGCAUCAAGAGGAAGGAUGUCGCUGCCAAAGCCUGA